AUGAUCAAAAAACUGAUACAGCUUGUUCUGUUGAUUGUUCUUCUUGACCAAGCAGGAGGUGUUACUUACGAUUGUGCGUGCAAUCAGGACGGAAAAGUGUGCAUGCGUACAGGGUACCUUGUGAAAGGAACUUUUGAAGAAUGGCAGAAGUGCAACAACUACAACGAUUGCGGAGACUGGAGCGACGAGAAAAACUGCACAGAAACUUGCAUGGAUCGAAACAUGACAACGUGCGACUGUCACUUAACUGGCGACUGCCCAGUUCAAGGUUUGCUGUACCACGACCCGUGUUAUAGCAAAAUUCAAACUUGUAAUGGCUGGAAUGAUUGUGGCGAUUGGAGCGACGAAAAGAACUGCAACUACACCUGCAAUUCUAACCAGAUCGCCUGUGAGUGUAAUUCGAAUGGGAGCGGGUGUUUGCCAGCAAAGGAAGGUUAUAUAUCGCACUGUUUCACGGAGAACGAAAUAUGCAAUUCGAAACCUGUGUGUACAGAUUGGACAGACGAGAAAAACUGCUCCUGUAGGAAUUCGGAAUUUAACUGUGGUUGCAUUUUAGGCAACUGCACUUCUAGAAACGGUUGUGUUUCAAAAGAGAAUAUUUUAAACGGUAAAUUUGAGUGUGCGGAUAAAUCUGACGAACCUUGUAAGAUAAAAAGGUUUUCUGUUGGACGAACUUUGCCUUACUACGGGCGACAGAAAACUGAAACGACACAAGGUGUUGUAUAUCAGUGUGAGGAUGUAGAAUCGUACAACUACUUUCAGCAGCUGAAACAAAUUGCAAAUAGAUCUUUGAAAUGCCGCCGUGUCAAUGUUUUUCGACAAAACUCAGCGGACACCACAGUUCAAUGGUGGUGCGUAGAUUCGAAUAUUAAUGAAAACGAACUUCUGCUUUGCAAGAAUGAACAAUUUGUCCUUGCUUCGAAUCUAUGUGACGCAUACCCCGAUUGCAGUGACGGUACCGAUGAAGUUUUUAACUUCCCCGGCUUCAAGUGCAAAUCAAACUUCCGACAUCAUCAGAACCGAGUUUGGGUUGUGCCUCAAUCGAACUUAUUUUACAGCAACAAUUAUUGUACUAGCGAGACAGACCGUUGUUUUGUUGAUGGGAAAUUGAACUGUUUUCAGUGUCAUGACGAUCAGAAAAUGCUUAUAUCAACUAAGCAAUAUUGGGCAACUCUAGAAGCGAAUGUCCUAUAG